GAGUCGGGUUCCCACAGCUUGGAACAGGGACAGACGCGAGACAGUUCUGGACCACUCACGGCCGCACUCCGGCUCUUCAACGUCAACUCACAAGAGUUAAUCGCGCCGACCGUUUCAUCCACUUUUUUUAUUUAUUUAUUUAUUUAUUUUUUUUUUACAUUAAAGGUCCUCCAACAUCCCCAUUUGUAAGCCUCGAUAUCUAUCCCCGCUGCAAGAGACCACUAUGAAGUACCGGACGGUGGUCAUGUACACGGAGAUCGGGUGUUUCGUGCUGUGCGUCUCCGGAUGGAUCCUAGUCUGCUCCACCAUGCCCACGGAGUACUGGAAUUACUCCACCGUUGACAGCAUUGUCCUCACCACUUCAAACUACUUCUCCAACCUCUGGAAAGACUGCAUUUCCGAUUCAACCGGCGUAUCUGAUUGCAAAGAGUUCCCAUCAAUGUUGGCACUAGAACUGUACAUACACGUGUGCCGGGCCCUCAUCAUCAUAGCGAUCAUCCUGGGCUUCUUCGGGGCCAUCCUGGCCCUCGUGGGGAUGAAGUGCACCAAGAUCGGCGGCUCGGACAUCGUCAACGCAAAAGUCACGUUUGCAGCGGGGAUAAACUACCUGAUCUCAGGGUUCUGUGCCAUGAUCGCAUUCUCCUGGUAUGGAAACAAGAUAAGAGCCGAAUUUGUGGACCCGAACUACAAGGCGCAGAAAUUUGAGAUCGGAGCAGCGGUUUUCGUGGGCUGGGGGGGCUCCUCUCUGCUCAUAGUGGGGGGGUUCGUCUACAGUUUCUUCGCUGGAAGGGAGGGCCUCGGCUCCAGUUCAAAGAACCCAAAGAAGCCUGGGUCUAACAUCACUGCUCGAACCCGGCGCACGUACAUGCUGCCACCCCAGACUAGGGACGGUGGAGAGAGCCGACGGACCAGGGCCAGCAGAGAUCCCUACGCCCAGACUGCCAGAUCACUCAUUAGAUACCCUUACGCCCAAACUGCCAGAUCGCUCAGUAGAGAUCCCUACGCCCAAACAGCCAGAUCACUUAGUAGAGCUCCCUACGCCCAAACCGCCAGAACCCUCAGUAGAGAUGCCUUUGUCUAAUGCACUUCAGUGAAGAUGUCAAUGUCUAAUGCACCACAUUACAGGUCGAUGCAAAAGGAAUACCUUCUGAAUAUCAAGGAGACAAAACUUCUCAAUAGUUUUAAAUUUAGUUUUUUUUUUUUUGAUA